AAUACCUUGUCGUUGAUGAUGCUACCCCUUACCUCCAUCCCCUCUCCCCCUUUUUUUGAAAUACGGACCCCCCCAAAAAAACUGAAAGUGUUUUCCGUUUCAUCAAAGAACAUAUAUUACUUCAGUGGCUCGGUAAAAUGUUUGGUUUUGUGCCCACCCCUUUUCAAUCUGCCCAUGUCUGAGGUGCUCCGGGAAGACGCACAAUCGUGAGCAGCUUACGACACUCAGUGAGCAGUAGGUGCCUGUGCAAGCUCGCGCCGCACACAGCCUGGCGGAGGGAAGGAGCUCGGGCGCCGCUCCCCGCUCCCCGCCCGCACCACCCCGCCGCCCGCAAAGCAUGAGCGAGCCCGCUCUCCGCAGCCGCCCCGGGCGCGAAUGGCAGGCGGUCUCCGCGGAGUAAAAGGUGGCACCGGUCAGUGGUCCUUUCCAAUGACGGACAUUAACCAGACUACCAAAUCCAGGGGAGUCGUGAGCCCCGAGUUUGGAGGGGUUUUUUUUUUUUUUUUUUUUUUUUUUUUUUUUUUCCCCACAACGUCACAGUCCGAACUGCAGAGGGAAAGGACAGCGGCAGGAAGGCGAAGCCCGGCGCCGGCACGUAGUUGGGAAACUUGCGGGUCCUAGAAGUCGCCUCCCCGCCUCGCCAGCCGCCCUUGCAGCCCAGAGCCGAGCAGCAAAGUGAGACAUUGUGCGCCUGCCAGAUCCGCCGGCCGCGGACCGGGGCUGCCUCGGAAACACAGAGGGGUCUUCUCUCGCCCUGCAUAUAAUUAGCCUGCACACAAAGGGAGCAGCUGAAUGGAGGUUGUCACUCUCUGGAAAAGGGUGGGUAAGACACUUUUUAAUUAAAUUCUUUCCCGAAGAUUUUUUUUUUCCUCCCUUUUCUUUGCUGCAGCAUCUAACAUGGACCAAAUCACCGUCUCUUUGAUCUUUCCGUGGCUGUGAACUUUCUAUGCUGCCCAGCUUUCUGCAUGCUUAGAGAUUUCUGACCGAGCGCUUCCAAUGGACAUUCUCCAGCCUCUCUGGAAAGAUUCUCGCUAAUGGAUUUCCUGCUGCUCGGUCUCUGUCUAUACUGGCUGCUGAGGAGGCCCUCGGGGGUGGUCUUGUGUCUGCUGGGGGCCUGCUUUCAGAUGCUGCCCGCCGCCCCCAGCGGGUGCCCGCAGCUGUGCCGGUGCGAGGGGCGGCUGCUGUACUGCGAGGCGCUCAACCUCACCGAGGCGCCCCACAACCUGUCCGGCCUGCUGGGCUUGUCCCUGCGCUACAACAGCCUCUCGGAGCUGCGCGCCGGCCAGUUCACGGGGUUAAUGCAGCUCACGUGGCUCUAUCUGGAUCACAAUCACAUCUGCUCGGUGCAGGGGGACGCCUUUCAGAAACUGCGCCGAGUUAAGGAACUCACACUGAGUUCCAACCAGAUCACCCAACUGGCCAACACCACCUUCCGGCCCAUGCCCAACCUGCGCAGCGUGGACCUCUCGUACAACAAGCUGCAGGCUCUGGCGCCCGACCUCUUCCAUGGGCUGCGGAAGCUCACCACGCUUCACAUGCGGUCCAACGCUAUCCAGUUCGUGCCGGUGCGCAUCUUCCAGGACUGCCGCAGCCUCAAGUUUCUUGACAUCGGAUACAAUCAGCUCAAGAGUCUGGCGCGCAACUCUUUCGCCGGCUUGUUCAAGCUCACCGAGCUGCACCUGGAGCACAACGACUUGGUCAAGGUGAACUUCGCCCACUUCCCGCGCCUCAUCUCCUUGCAUUCCCUCUGCCUGAAGAGGAACAAGGUGGCCAUUGUGGUUAGCUCGCUGGACUGGGUUUGGAACCUGGAGAAAAUGGACCUGUCGGGCAACGAGAUCGAGUAUAUGGAGCCCCAUGUGUUCGAGACCGUGCCGCACCUGCAGUCUCUGCAGCUGGACUCCAACCGCCUCACCUACAUCGAGCCCCGGAUCCUCAACUCCUGGAAAUCGCUGACGAGCAUCACCCUGGCCGGAAACCUGUGGGACUGCGGGCGCAACGUGUGCGCCCUGGCCUCGUGGCUCAGCAGCUUCCAGGGGCGCUACGAUGGCAACUUGCAGUGCGCCAGCCCCGAGUACGCGCAGGGCGAGGACGUCCUAGACGCCGUGUACGCCUUCCACCUGUGCGAGGAUGGGGCCGACCCCACGAGCGGCCACCUGCUCUCGGCCGUCACCAACCACAGUGACCUCGGGCUCCCGGGCAGCCCGGCCACCACGCUCGCUGACGGCAGGGAGGGGCAGCUCGACGGCACGCACGAGCCGGCUACUGUGGCUCUCCCAGGCGGUGAGCAUGCCGAGAACGCCGUGCAGAUCCACAAGGUGGUCACAGGCACCAUGGCCCUCAUCUUCUCUUUCCUCAUCGUGGUCCUGGUGCUCUAUGUCUCCUGGAAGUGUUUCCCAGCUAGCCUCAGGCAGCUCAGACAGUGCUUUGUCACGCAGCGCAGGAAGCAAAAGCAGAAACAGACCAUGCAUCAGAUGGCUGCCAUGUCUGCCCAGGAAUACUACGUUGAUUACAAACCGAACCACAUUGAGGGAGCCCUGGUGAUCAUCAAUGAGUACGGAUCCUGUACCUGCCACCAGCAGCCCGCAAGGGAAUGCGAGGUGUGAUUUUCCCAGUGGCUCUCAACCCGUGCGCUACCAAAUACGCCUGGGCGGCCGGGGCGGCCGGCCAGCGCCAGGCUGGGGUCUCCUUGUCUGUGCUCUGAUAUGCUCCUUGACUGAAACUGUAAGGGGAUAUCUCCCAGAGACUUGACAUUUUAGCUUUAUUGUGUCUUAAAAACAAAAACGAAAUAAAACACAACAAAAACCCUGCCCCACAACCUUCAGGACAGUCAAUCUUAAAUUUCAUAUGAGAACUCCUUCCUUCCUUUGAAGAUCUGUCCAUAUUCAGGAAUCUGAGAGUGUAAAAAAGGUACCAAUCAUUGAUUUUUUUUUUUUUUGUAAACUAAAAUGUUUAAAAUAAAAUAGCAUUUACAGUUUUUA